AGGUUAUAUUUUGAUGCCAAAUAGAAAGUUUACUACGCCUUUAAACGUUUCUUAAAUCAAUAUUCUUGUUGAAAAAAAUAUUCUUGGCUGUAUUGAACUUUUUUUGUAUUGUAUUGCAAAACUUGGACAAUUUUUCCCUGUAGUUGUACAUUACUUGUUUACAGAAGAAGAGUCUUUUACAAAGACAUAAGAUUACACAACACUAGUCUAGAGUAUUAGUUGGUCUAUAGGGUAAUUCAAAAUGGCUUCAGAAGUUCCUUUCAACAAGCAGCUAAGGAAAGCUACGAGAGAUGUUCAUGCUAUGAGUGACGCACUUGUUAAUGCGAAGCUGGCUUUUGCCAUGUCGGACAAUUCCGUUUGGGCCGAAGGCCUGCUGGUGUUCUACGAGAUUUUCCGCUACCUCGAGUUGGCCAUGCAUCGACUGCGCGACACACCAGUUGGCGAACUGCACAUAGAAGGCAUGGCCCGCUCAGAGGCCUUUGAGCGCGACCUUGACUUCUAUCUGGGCGCAAACUGGCGCCAAAACUACAAACCGCGAGACAGUGUUGCCAACUAUCUGGCGCAUCUGCAGCGCAUCGAAAGGGAAGACCCGAUCAGACUAUGCGCCUACGUCUACCAUCUUUACAUGGGUCUGUUUUCUGGCGGCCAAAUUCUCCGUAAAAAGAGGAAUGUCACCAAAAAAUUCCGAUCUUUCGCGUAUUUCCUGUAUUCUAACGAUGUGACCACAGAGGCAAAACGGAAAGGUGGAGAUGCCGUCACAGAUUUUGGGGAUAAUUCGGUCUAUGAACUGAAACUUAAACUAGUCAAAUCUAUGAACUCCAUCGCUGCAAACAUGGAUGAAAAAACUAGGAUGGCUCUAAUCGAGGAAAGUAAAACUGUUUUUCUUUUGAACAAUUCACUGGUGAAAACUGUGAGGGGUGCCGAUGAAGUUCUUCUGAGAAGACUUAUUGUUUUCGCUAUCGUUAUAGUAAUACUCAUGAUAUUGUUCUUCGUUUUCAUUGCCAAAGAGUAGAACUGAUCUGAAAAUCGUAUUUAUAUUUUUAUAAUUAAUUGAAUGAAAAAGACUAAGAAAUUGUCAAAAACCACAGAUUUAUUGAUACUUAGAAAGACCGGUUUCGGUUAUUACACCAUUGUCAGAAGACCUCAGAUAUUGCUGCAAUAAAGAUGCAGAAUUUACCAGAAAUUAUGCAAUUAUGCCAGAACAUUUCAUUGCAAGAAAACCUACAAAAGCACUUAAAUUAAAAAUUGAAAGCUGGAUAAAGACAGAAGAUAUCAUACCUAAAAUAUUUUAAUUUGAUGUACAUAUACUGUCUUUCUCAGUUCCUCUGAAUUUAUUAUUAGUAGGGCUAUACUCCCAGAUUAAUUUUCUCUCUCUGAGUUUAAGUUUUAUUUUUUGUGUCAUUUGUACUGUAUUGUAUUGUUUUUCUAAUUCUCUCUUUGCUUA